UUAGUGAGAUCAAAUCUGAACUUGAUUUAAUCAUAACCGUAACUCUCCGAAUUUCCAAUCAUCAUAACAAAAUUCUUAAAAGUGUAUGCUUAUUUUCAGAAGGUAGUAAAUUUGUGUAUUAUUUUACGAGAUAAAUAGAUAUCCAACGACAUGGGUGAUGAAACUGACUGGGAUACUGUGACAUAUUUGCGCAAAAAGGCACCCAAAGCCAGUCAACUUCGAUCUCAACAGGCAAUCAAUGCUGCUCAAAGACAAGGUUUAGCUAUAGAAACUACUAAAAAGUACAAUGCUGCUACCAACAAACAUUCGCAAACAACUUUGAAUACUUCAAAACUUGACAAAGAAACUGAACAGCUCCAUCAUGAUACAGUUGGAUUAGAAGUGGGACGAUUAAUACAACAAGGAAGGCAAAAUAAGGGAUUGACUCAAAAGGAACUUGCUACUAGAAUCAAUGAGAAACCUCAAGUUAUAAAUGACUAUGAAGCAGGGCGUGCUGUGCCUAAUCAAAUGAUUCUGACCAAAAUAGAAAGAGUCAUUGGAUUAAAGUUGAGAGGUAAAGAAAGAGGUCAAUCAAUGGAUGGAAAACCUGCUCCAAAGAAAAAGUAAUGAAUCAUGAAGCAGUUUUGAUACUUGUAUAUUUCUACAUGUGAUUUUGUUUUUCAAUAAUCAUGAACUACACUGUUUUUUAAAACUUAUUGCAGAAAUACAUUUAUAUGUUUGGUGGCAAAGUAUUGUGUUAUAAAAUUCUAUACAACUACAGAAUUAGUAUUAGUAUUUAGCUGUAUAGCCGAAAUAAAUAAAUCUGUCUAUAAAUAAUACUUUAAUUCAAUCCUGUUCACAUAUUGUUUCACACGUCUGAUUUUGUUUCUGUCGACUUGCUCUAGUUUUACAUUAAAGAUUUAAUGUAAAAAUAAAUAAGUGUUCCUUUUAGUGACCUUUAUGGUUAAAAUAUUUGAGGAAAAUGAAUUGAAAUGUAAAAUAAUUAUUCUUGACCCUAAUUAAAGUAGCAAAUUAUUUGAUUUUUGUGGUGGUAUUUCAAUGUGAAUGAUAGUGUGCACUUUAUGUUAACAGUUCUGUUAUUUUAAUAUAUCAGGAUAUUAUAUAUUAUAUUGAAAGUUUAUGUAAUAUUUAUAAGAGCUAUCAAGUUCUGGACAAUAAAGUUGUCACAUGACAUCUGAAAGAAUACAUGUUAUUAGGGCUAUGUCGUACAAAUGUUUUUUUGCAAAUAAAGUUUUAUUUACUGAAA